CGAUCUCUCUCGCCGAGACAAAAUCAUCACUGGCGAUGCUCCGCGCUGGCUUUGGCCUCAUUGCUCUACCGAUCAUCACAUCCCGCGCGUUUACCAUGUCAGCUACGCUCAAGACUACCCCUCCUAUUACGUAUGAGGUCUCUGGCUUUGCGGCUUGUGGCUUCUACCAGCGGGCCAAGACGCUUGUGCUGAAGCUCGAGCAGGAGCGGGAGGACGUCAAGGCCAAGGUGAUCGAGUUUGACUCGCGUUCCGACUACAAGACUGCGCUGCCGCAGCUGAAGGAGAACGUGGUGUCGGACAACGAUGCACAUGUGAGCCACACGUCGUCGCCGCUAGUGGUGGCUGUCGACAACAACGAUUCGACCAAGCGCGCCUUUAUCGGCGGCGCGUCCGAGUUCCAGGCCUUUGUGGACGAGCAUCAGCUGCUGUAGCAACGCGAGGGUGGCGUAAAGGAGACGUUGUUACGCAAGGAAUA